GGCUUAGACGGAAUUUUACCAAAAUUUUAUCUUUCUAUCAAUUGUAAGAUUACUAAACAAUUAGAAUAAUGAAAAUCGUACUGUAAUUAUGUUGUUUUUUUCAUCAUAAUUAUAUUUACCAAAUUUCAAUGAACUAUUCCGUGUUUUAAUAUAACAGAGGCAACCAUUCACAUUGGAGGCAAUCUGUAGAACGGUUGACAAAACAUCGGACAUGAAGGCACUGUCCAUUCUUUAUCGUUCAGCCGUUUCUUUGGGAGACAGGGUCGUUCCUGCACGUUUCGCUGAAACAUGGAACCACCCAGCAGGUCCAAAGACGAUAUUCUUCUGGGCUCCAUCGUUUAAAUGGGCCCUUGUUAUUGCUGGCAUUGGUGACAUUGCCCGUCCACCAGAGAAGCUCAGUCCGUUUCAGUCUGGGGCCUUAGCAGCCACAGGUAUUAUAUGGGCUAGAUAUUCUUUGGUUAUCAUCCCCAAGAAUUACAACCUGUUCUUUGUAAAUAUCUUCGUCGGUGCAACUGGUAUUCUGCAGCUCAGCAGAAUCUACACGUACAAUCAAUCUUUAAAAAAUAUGGACAAGGAUCUGCAGAAGUGAACCCUUUCAACAAGUGUGAUAGAGAUGAUACUCAAGAAAAUUGAAUCUCUUUUUUUCUUCUCUUAUUCCAGAUUGAAAAGAUUAUUUUAAACCAGUCCUUUUCAAACUUUUCGGGUUUUUUUUGUGGGCAUUCAAUCUAAAACUCUUAUAACGUCUUAAAGGUAGAAAGCUACCUACCUACGACUCCAUUUAGCUUAUUUGAAUCAAGUAUUUAAUUAAUUAUAUAUUUUACAGAUACAAAAUAUUGUACCUAACAUUGGAAAUGCUCAGUCAUUCUUUAUUAAGAGAUAAUGUUAAGUAACAAGUCACAGGUAUAAUGUUUAAGGUAUCUAAUUUAAGCUAGAAAGAGGUGUGGUUGUGUUGUGAGAGUAGAACAUUUCAUCAUGUUUUAGAACUACAGUGGAGCUUCCUUAAUCCAGCCAUUAAUGUUCCCAGUAAAAAUGACGAUAUAUACCAUAAAAUAUUGACUAUAUAUAUAUAGAACUGGAUGGAAUAAAGAGGCUCCAUUGUGUUAGAUCUAGAAGAUGCAACUAGUGAUAUUACUUUUUGCUCAACCGAUUUGUUUUGUUUUGAACGUUUUUUGAGGUUUCAAGAGUAGAUGCAGAAUAUGCUGUACAUUUCGUAAAUUUCAUCCCCAUGGAGUUGAUUAUUUUAACCCUCUUCUGUGAGUUUCCAGGAGAUUAACUCAUCCAUAGAAUCUCUGUGCUAAUGAAUGCUUGUAAGUAUAGAUAUUAUAUUGUUUCCUUUUUUCCACUGCACUUAUAAUCAUUUGGAUAGCUUUGUGUUAAGUUGUUGAGUUACAUUGUAUUAUUAAAGUGCUAAUUGUUAUAUUGAAUAUUUACUUUUUAAAAACAUAUUUAAAGAGAUAUAGUUAAUCAUAUAAAUAUUGCAAUGUGUUCAAUAAAAGGAACCCAAUAUG